AUGGCCCCCUCCGGCAAAGCCUCCUCCAGCAGGGCGACGAGAACAACAGCCUCGGCCUCGACAGCAGCAGCAGCAGCAGCAGCUUCGGCAACGCCGCCUCUGCUCUUCGCCGAUGGCCACCGAACCGACUCGUCGCCCUACGGGUCCACCACCAUGACCCCGAACCGCAGCCCGUCCCCCGGCUCCCGCCCCGGCACCGGCCACGGCUCCGACUCCAGCGGCCGCCGCCGUCGCUUCGCCCGGUCGACCAGCCGGAGCGCCAGAUCCAGAAGGCAGUCGUCUCGCAGGUCCGGGAGCUUCGACGGCGCGGCGCUGGUCUCCGGCCUCGAGGGCCGCUUCGGCAUGCCCGAGGCCAUGCUGUCGAGCGUCGUUCUCGAUGACGACGACGACGACGACGACGACGACGUAUCAGAGGACGGGCCGCUGCUGGAAGAGGACUCGGGCGCCUCGUCCGCGACGGAGCUGCCGGAGCACGAUGCCGACGAGAACUCGCCCAACGAGGCUGUGCGCGCCUCCGUGUCCCCCAUCGACGACACGACGCUGUCCAUCAACACGCCGCGCAUGUGGUGUCUGUCCAUCCUCUUCUCCAUCCUCGGCUCCUCCACCAAUCUCUUCUUCUCUUUGCGAUACCCCAGCGUUGCCAUUACGCCCGUCAUUGCGCUGCUUCUCGUCCACCCCCUGGGCCACCUGUGGGACUACCUGCUCAAGAGGCCGUACGACCCCAAGGAGGAAUUCACAGACGGCGUCCGCACCGCCGUCUCGUCGCAUAGCCACGACGCCCAUCGCCAUGGCCAGAAGAAGAGGCUCGACUCGCUGCGCCUGUGGCUCGCCCAGGGCCGGUGGAACGAAAAGGAGCACACGUGCGUCUACGUGAGCAGCAACGUCGCCUUUGGCUUCGCCUUUGCCACGGACGUCAUCGUCGAGCAGACGCAGUUCUACAACCAGGAGGCGCCCAUCGCCUACCAGCUGCUGCUGACCAUUUCCACGCAGAUCCUGGGCUACGGCUUCGCCGGCAUGGCGCGCCGCUUCCUUGUCCGCCCCAGCGGCAUGGUCUGGCCCGGCACCCUCAUGAGCGCCGCCAUGUUCUCCACGCUGCACAAGCAGGAGAACAAGCCGGCCAACGGCUGGACCAUCAGCCGCUGGAAGUUCUUCUACAUUGUCUGGUCCUGCGCCUCGGCCUUUUACUUUCUCCCGGGCCUCCUGAUGCCCGCCCUGAGCUACUUCAACGUCAUCACCUGGUUUGCGCCCAAGAGCGUGGUCCUCGCCAACCUGUUUGGCGUCUCCUCCGGCCUCGGCCUCUUCCCCAUGACCUUUGACUGGGCCCAAAUCACCUACGUCGGCUCGCCUCUGCUGGUGCCCUUUUGGGCCGCCGUGAACGUCGUGGGUGGUCUUGCCAUCAUCAUGUGGAUCAUAGCCCCCCUAUUCUACUACAGCAACGUCCUCUACUCGUCUUACAUGCCCAUCCUCUCCACCGCCGUCUUUGACAACACGGGCAAAGUCUACGACGUCAGCAAGAUCCUCACUCCCGACUUUCUCUUUGACAGGGAGGCCUACUCCAACUACAGCCGCGUCUUCCUCCCCGUCACAUAUAUGCUCAGCUACGGCGUGCAGUUCGCCGGCCUCGCAGCUCUCUUGACGCAUACCGUCUGCUGGCACGGCCAGGACAUCUGGCACACCUGGAAAGAGUCCCUCGUCGAGGCGCGAGGACAGGGAAAAGAAGGAUACCAACAAGUGUCCGACUCUCCCGAUGGACCGUCAUCACCUCGGGAAGCAGCAGCAGCAGCAGCAGCAGCACCCCGUACCUCAUCGUCGGGAUCGCAUAUCGAAGGCCUGAUGAGCCACGAGGAUAUCCACAGCCGCCUCAUGAAGCGCUACAAAGAUGCCCCCCUGAGCUGGUACUUUUUGACCUUUAUCUCCAUGGCCGCCAUUGGCAUCUUUGUUGUCGAAUACUACCCCGUCCACCUCCCCUGGUACGGGCUCCUGCUCGCCCUCGCCAUCGGCGCCAUCUUCUUCAUCCCCAACGGCAUCAUCAUGGCCAUCACCAACCAGCACAGCAGCAUCUACCUCAUCUGCCAGCUCAUCUGCGGCGUCGCCUUCCCCGGCCGCCCCAUCGCCAACAUGGUCUUCGUCACCUACGGCUACAUCUCCUCCGCCCAGGGCAUCAAGUUCGCCUCGGACCUCAAGCUGGGCCACUACAUGAAGAUCCCGCCGCGCAUCAUGUUCACCGUCCAGAUCGCCGCCACCCUCGUCUCCUCCGUCACCCAGAUCGGCGUCCUCAACUGGAUGUUCGCCAACGUCCGCGGCCUCUGCACCCCCGAAGCCGUCAACGGCUUCACCUGCCCCAUCGCCCGCGUCCACUUCAACGGCUCCAUCCUCUGGGGCGUCGUCGGCCCCGGCGAGUUCUUUGGGCCCCGCGCAAUCUACCGUGCCCUCGUCUGGUGCUUCCCCCUCGGCGCCAUCCUCCCCGUGCCCCUGUGGCUCUACAGCCGCCGCAACAAGCACAGGACCCUGCUCCGCAAAGUCAACCUGCCCGUCAUCUUUGGCGCCAUGGGCUGGAUCCCGCCCGCCACGGGGCUCAACUUCUCCGUCUGGGCCCUCGUCUGCUUCCUCUUCAACUACCUCAUCAAGCGCCGCGCAAACGCCUGGUGGGGCAAGUACACCAUGACGCUGAGCGCCGCCCUCGACUCCGGCCUCGCCUUUGGCAUCGUCGUCGUCUUCUUCGGCUUCAUCUAUCCCGGGUGGAUGAAGGGCUUCAGCUGGUGGGGGACCGAGGUGUUCAAGAGGGGCUGCGACUGGCAGGCUUGUUCGUACAGGAACGUGAAAGACGGCGAGAGGUUUGGGCCCGAUUCUUGGUGA